AUGCCUGACCCGAUCCCUAUCCCAGAAGGCUAUGUGGGGAACCUCACCCCAGUCCAACAAGAAAAACUACAACAGUUCUGGAAAGUGAUCCAGCAAUCAUGGGAUCCCACAUUAUCCAGUGCCGACGGUACAACCUCAGUAGCAAACUCCAAUACAAAUCCAUCAAGUCGUCGACGAUUCUUCUCCUUCAGUCGCUCAUCAACCGAACCAUCUGAUGAAGAAUUAUCUUCAAUCCCGCCGAAUCUACUCGCAUCUUUGAAACGUCUAGGUGCAGGCGCAAACGAGCUCCGAGCUGUUCAAUCCCUGCUUAUCCAGCUGCCCGGUGACAGAAUCCGCAUCGCGUUCUUGUCGAUGCUCAAGCAAGACCAUCCCGAUGCACUAUGUCUACGCUUCCUACGCGCAGAGAAAUGGGAUGUCCCUAAAGCUUGGAUCAAAUUCAUACGCGCACUCAACUGGCGCGUGAACGAUUAUAAGGUCGACGAGGAGAUUCUGGAGAAAGGCGAAGAAUAUGCAUUUAUCAAUUCCAGAUUGGAGGGUGACUCCACCGCGAAGAAAGAUGGUGAGGGAUUCUUGCUGCAGUUGUAUACAGGCAAAGGACAUCUGCACGGAAUUGAUCUGGAGGGCCGCCCUAUUUGUAUUGUUCGGGUUCGGGCUCAUCAGCCGGGCACUCAGACGACUAAGGGGUUGAAUGACUAUAUUGUGCAUUUAAUUGAGCUCGUGCGGCUGCUAAUGGUCCCUCCUGUGGAGUCGAUGGCUAUUGUUUUUGAUUUGAAUUCUUUCUCCAUUUCGAACUGGGAACUGGCUCCCGUAAAGUUUAUUAUUGAUUCUUUUCAAGAAUAUUAUCCUGAAUCAUUGGGCGCUAUGAUCUUCUAUAAUGCCCCUUGGAUCUUUUCCGGGUUCUGGAAAAUCAUCAAUGGUCUACUAGACCCGGUUGUCGCUUCGAAGGUCCACUUUGUCACUGGUGCUACAGAGCUGGAGGAUCUCGUCCCUGCACAGCAUAUUAUCAAAGAGCUUGGUGGCCCGGAAGACUGGGAAGUCAAGUACAUCGAGCCCACGCUUAAUGAAAACGAGAGGCUCCGUGAUACGGCGACCCGAGAUGCAAUUCUUGAAGAGAGGAAAACGCUUGGCGAUAAGUUGUUCAGUAUGAAUGCGGAGUGGAUCACAGGUCCUGGGGGUGAUUCCUUAAACAGCCGUCGUGAUGUGGUGAUCCAGCAGUUGUCGGACAACUAUUGGCGGCUUGAUCCCUAUGUGCGUGCUCGUAGUCUUUUGGAUCGCACUAGGGUUAUUAAAGAGGACGGAAAGAUUGACUUCUACCCUGGACCAGAAGCUGUGCCAGAGGUUGUUGUUGCGAGCGAGGUUGACGAGAAGGUGGCAGUGGAAGAGACUAAUAGUAUGCAGAUGGGUGCUGUAGAAGCUUGA